AUGAGCGUUACUCAACCACUAUUCUCGACAAUCGAGCCAGAUGAGGAAACUACAGCGCCCUCGGGAAAUAUUCAGGACAACCGAUCGUCAAAGCCCAGACCAGAACCGAUAGUGUUAACGCCUACAACGCGGAGUACAUCGAGCAACAGUAAUGCGCAGAAUACUAUGGCUUCAAACGAGGGCGAUGCGGAGGCUGGCAUCGCCGGGAUAUUUCGCCAGUCUGCCCACCCACUAGCCCUCUUCUUCCUCUACUUCUUCAGAAUAGCCGCCAUCUUGGUAUACAUUCUAUGCGGAUGGUUUACCGACAACUAUGUUCUUUCAACAGUGACGGUCGUCGUAUUACUGGCCAUGGACUUUUGGAAUUGCAGAAACGUUGCUGGGCGAACGCUUGUCGGCCUUCGAUUCUGGAAUCAGGUUGACGAGGAUGGCGAAAGCUAUUGGGUAUUCGAAAGCCGAGACCCCUCGAGACCAGCAAAUCCUAUUGAUUCCAAGAUGUUCUGGAUUGCCCUCUACGUCUUCCCCCUACUCUGGGGUGCCCUAUUGAUCGUCUCCAUCCUCAAACUAGGCUUUGCUUUCAUCCCCAUUGUCGUCCUUGCUCUCGUCUUCAACAUUACCAACGUUGUCGGCUUCACUUAUGCCGAUCGAGAUGCCAAGCAGAAAUGGGCGAACAGCGUUGUCGGAGGGUCCUGGGGUGGCAUUGGAGGAAUCGGCGGCCAACUCCUCACAACCGCUGUCAAAAAGGGAGUGGGUCGUGUCUUCGGUUGAUGGGGUCGAGUAUACCUUAUAAUUAUUGACAUAAACGUGCAAUUGGCGUCAAGGUCUACUUCCAAAUCUUGUUUUUCAUUGAAUGAUAUAGUACACAGAUACACUGCAA